CAACUAUGGCCCAUGAUCUCCAAAUACCCAGCAUAUGAAAAAUUAUUCAAUGCUCCUGGGCCACACAUCUAUCCCCCACCUGAUAACUGCUGCCUCUACCAGAUUCACAACAGUCAGUUCUUUCGUGACAGAGAGAAAUCUACACUAUUCUGUUCUCUGAUUGUCAAAUCUCUGGUUGUAUCAGAAAAUGGAAGAAGAAGAACAACAACAAGAAGAAGAGCAGCAGGAGUCAGAAGCUAAAAGAUUUUGGGACCCAAUCCACUCCCCUCGUCAUCUCCCCUCAUCACUGCAAACCCACCAUCGAUCCCUCUCAGAUUCUCACACCCAAUUCAAAUCAUGCUCAAUUUCCCCCACAAAACACACCCACUUCACCAGUGACGUCGUCUUUCCUCCCAUCAACCACGAGGGCCUCCACCUCUCCUCCCCCCACAAACCCUCUCCCUCACUUCCCAAUCACCCCGAUAAUAACACUAAUCAACAAGUACAUAACUCGCCUUGUUCGUCGGGCGAGGAGAACGGGUUUUUGUGGGUCUCACAGAGGGCAGCGGGUACUGGGUCGGGUGGAGGAGGUGAGGUGGCGAGGUGGGUGAGUGUUGGGUUUGAGCUGUUGCGGUCUAGGGUUACUUGCAUUGCUUCCUCACUCUGUAAUUUUGCUGGGUUUGGAGGGGUAAAUUGGUCAGUUGGUUGUGCCGCUCGGAUGGUGGCGGCGGUGCUGGUUUGGUGGUUGUUCGCGGUGGUCCGGCGGAGGAGACGGGAUUCGCGGGUUAGGAGAGAGAGUAGGGAUCAGAUGAUACGUGUUAUUAAGGAGAAAGAUGAGAAAAUUAGUCAACUCUUGCAUCAAAUUGCGCAAAUGAAUCAAUUACUGCUAGCCCUUCACGGAGGUCCGAUGCCUGGGACCGGAGGGGUGACCAAGUAAAAAAGCAUCUUUUUUUCCAGGCCAACCUUAUGCUGUUAAAAAGAGCGUUAUGCGUUGUAGCAUGCAGACCUGGUUAAAUGACUGUUAGUAUGUCCUCCAUCUACGGUGACAUGAUGUUUAAAAUAUGUUUCUGCUUUUUUUUCUUUUUCUUCUCAACUGAUCUGCUUUGUAUUCACCUUUUCCAAAUUCAUUUAGGUACAAUUGCUUUACUUGAACCUGGUGGUCUGUAUUCAUCCACUUUGUUUAGGUCAUGUUUGAUAAGUGGCCAUGGGAUAUGAUUUCUUCUUUUGUUUUU